ACGAAGCAACUACACGAAAACUACAAGAAACAGAGGGGAGUGCGGGGUGGGGAUGUUGUCAUCUGCGUUUUGACAGUCGUCUUGCGGAAAGUGAAACCGCAGCUCAAAAAGCCAAAGCUUCUGUUUACAAAAAGAGUGGAAAUUUUUCCCUUCGCCGAAGCAAAGCGGUUCCGGAAGCACUCCCCGCCGAACCAUCCGUCUGCGGAAUCGAAACGCAUCGACAUGAAUGUUAAUGUGUGCGAUGUACCGAAUACUAAUCCAGCAACGUACUGUCGAUUGUGCUUCUCGCAGAAACAAGUAGUGCCGCUGUUCCCUCUGGGAAGUAACCACAAUCAGAAGAUAAUCAAUCAGCUUUAUCAGUGGACCGGCGUUCAAAUCACCUAUCAGGAGGAUUUUACCUGUGCAAUCUGCUGGAAAUGUACCUUUGCCUUGGAGGAGUUCCAGCGGUUUUGUGAUCGUUGCCGGAAGAGCGACUGGAUUAUCAAGCAGAAGCGCACGGAGCAAGGGCGACACAUUCAGAAAAGCGAACAGCACGAGAAUAACGGCAAUCAGAUGGACGAUAGGCGUUUCGGAUACAUGUACCCUCUGAUGCAACCGGCUUUGGGUUAUGAGUUCCGGCUACCUAACGAUCCUCGGGAUCGAGCUGCUUUGGAACACCCUCGAUCACUGGUUCGUGGCAAUCAUGAGGGACCAUCUCCGGCCGCCACUUCCAAUCACAUACCUAAGACAGAAUCGAGAAUAGAUAUCGAAACGGAGUUCAAACACGUCCUCCCGGUGGAACGACUUCCGGAGGAGCUUGUCAAUAUGCUAGAUCUGCCAGCAACAUCUUCCAAAAAGGGAACCUCCAAUGUCGCGGUAAAUGGCACUGCAGCGGCCACCGGUACCCCGAAAGUGCGCACCAGUCAGUACCAGAAGGUGGUCGAAUCCGGUGGGGUGAAAUGUCCCAUUUGCAAAAAGCCUUACACGACGGACAAAAAUCUCAAGAAGCAUCUCCGGCUGCACACGCUUACUUUGCCAUUCACCUGCAAUGACUGCGGAGCGAAGUUUUCCGAGCGUCGGGACUUCCAGAAGCACCACGAACGAUAUCACGGGCCAAACGCGUCCGCUUCGGUGGCGGACAUCUUCCACUGUGAGUUCUGUUCCCGCGUUUUCACCCGGCAGCGGGAUAUGACGAAACACGUGCGACUGUUCCACGAACCACCGGAGGACGUGAAGCAGAGCGUGUCUCCUAUGUAAGGCGGGUUCUCUUGGUAGGGGGAAAUUAAUUGGAUCAUCCUUCACUCAUUUGAAUCGUCAAGGGAAAUUUUUAGUAUUGUGGCUUACAAUUUGUGGGUGGUUCAAAAUUUGGGAAAGCAAUAAUGAGAUUUUUAGUGCAAUUUCCGCUCCUGGAGAGUUUUUGAAAAAUUUUCAAUUUUCAUUCUUCUUUUCAAUUUUUUUCGUUUAUUCUUCGAUGUCUAUUCUCUUUGUUCGUUUAGUCUUUAUUUCUUGCUUUGAGAUUGUAAUCAAUGCUUCCUGGAGAAUUUUUCAAGUAAAUACUUCAGUAUGUUGUCUUUCAUUCUUGAUCAAUUCGCAGGAUAGUAGCACUUGGUGUAGUUCAUUAGAAAGUGGACCAGAAGAUAGAAGAGAGCUAGUUUCAAUUUUUGCAGCUUCUCUUAAGGUGAAACAUCUCGGAAUCCAAAUAUGGCCGUCACAAUGGCCGACUUUUGCCUUCACUCACGUUUUCAAAGGCACUAAACCGGAGAAAUACUUGGCAAACGUUUCUGAUCUUCUUAUUUUAAGCUUUCUGCUAGUGCACAAAGCCAAAAUAAAAUGUAGCCUGUUAUCCUUCAUGGUGUCUAUAGGGCAACAUCACUGCAAUGAAUCCAGCAUAAACUAAUUCACUUCGUAAACGUAAUUUAGGUUUUAGAAAAAGAUUAUAAAUUGAACAAUCAAACAAACAAGAUGAACAAUCAAAUAGGUAACUGUUGAUUUGCAAUCGAUUGAACAAUUUCAAAAAAUUUGGACAAUUUCCAACUAUUUUUGUUUAAGAAUAGUAGUUUUCAAAGCAAGUUGCAUAAUGAUUAUUAUUACAUCAUAAAACGAUGAGUGCAUGCUUUGAGAGCUUUGACUGUUGCCAUCAUUUUAUCAAUUUAGUAAACAUAACAAAAAAACGAUUAAACUACCCGAUUUCCAUCUAGAUUAAUUGAAGAAUGAAAAAAAAAACAAAACAUAUGUAAGACCCCUCAAAUAAGUGAAGGAAAACCCGAAAUCCGAAAGUAGACCUAACAUAUUUGCAAUGUAAGAAUUUCAGCCAUCUGUGGCGCACGGAAGCGCCUGCAGAUCGGAAAAUUUAAAUGAUUAAAAUAAUACGUGUAGCGGACUAUCUGUAAAACUGUAAUUGUGUAAUAAAGGAAACAAAUUUCCGAGUGACUUAA